GUUGAAACAGUGGAAAACACUCCAGCAAGUGGUCCAUGCAGGGUAUCUAAAGGCAAGGAAACAAAUGAUGCAUGAAGAAGAGGGCAUCCCUGAGUGUGUCUGGCUGAGUGGAAAUACUGCAUAUGAGUGUGGGACAGAUUGAAGUUUCUCCAGCAGCCAGCACAGCACAUUUUGAGGUGUGUCUCUGACAACCAAUCGCAAGGCCCGCCGGGCCAUCAUGGAACAUUCCUCUGCUGCUGCUGCAUUUUAUAUAGCAUUUUGAGUCAGCAGGAUUGAAAGAACAUCUCCCAAAGCCAAGAGAUCAAGAUCGAGGUGGGUACAAGGAAUUAACAAGAAGAAAGUCACGUUCAUCAAUGACCACACAGUAUGCUAUCCAUGUGGGAACUUUAUUGUGUUUCAUGACACAAACACAAGGAAGCAGUCCUUUCUGCAGUGCAUGACAGGGAGCAUAGGAGCAUUCUCAGUUAACACCUACAGUGAAGUGGUUGCUUUCUCAGACCAGAAGCUUCAUCCCAGUAUUUAUGUUUACACAUUUCCUGGAUUUGUGAAACGAGUUGAACUUAAAGAGGGAGCACAGCUGGAUUAUUCUUUAAUUGCUUUUAGCAAUGCUGCACCUUAUCUGGCUAGUUUUUCCUCUGUUCCUGACCAUGUACUUACAAUUUGGAACUGGCAAGAAGGUAUUCCUCUGUGCAGCCAGUCAGAAUCUCAAACCACUUAUACUACGUUAACCUUUAAUCCUAUGAACUGGCACCAACUGUGUUUGUCCAGUGAGACAUCUCUUAUUGUGUGGAACAUUGAAAUAUGUGACAACCUGUACCAGUUGAAAGCAAUGCCAGUCAAACUUCCCAGUGAGGAUGGUACAAUUGGUGUGGAGGAGGAGAACUUUAAUUCUUCUGCACCCAACGGUGUGUCCUAUUAUGGGCCUGUAAUGCCAAAAUCUGCAGUUGCUGGAUUAGUGGGCGAAGAAGCAGAAAUCUUUAUUCCUAAAGAACAAAGAAAACAUUCUGUCCAGCCAAGUUUCCAUUGCUGGAAUGCCACUUCUGAUUUGUAUGUGGGCUGUGAAAGGGGAAAGAUUCUAACAAUCAGUGCUGAGACACAGAAAGUCAUUGUACUGGCCCAAAAAGACCAAGAUGCAGAUCCUUUAUCUGGGGUUACUCUUCUAGAAGGAAAUAUAAAGACAAUGGCGUUUCACAAGGAAGGACUCUAUAUAGCUGGGAAAGAUGGUGUGUUGCGUUCAUGUACAAUAAAAGGUUCAGAAUUAAAACUCGAAGACUGCUGGAGUGUGCAGGAAUCCAUUGAAAGCAUCAGUUUCUCCCCCAAUUACAAAAUGCUCUCAAUUGCAACCUGUAAGGGAUCUGUAUAUCUCUACAACCACAGAAAUCCUGGAGAAACAUAUAAAGUAUUUGAUGUUUACAGUGGAGACUUGCUUGCUGCUGAUUUCCUGACCUUUGGAAACAAAUACUGCUUAAGCACAGAUAUAUCAGGACAUGUGCAGUUAUGGUCAGUGGAGGAUGGAAGAAGUGUAAGCUCUCUCAGCCUAAAUAUACAGGCCACUGCCAUGGCAUGCUGCCCUUCAUCUAAUUAUGCAGCUGUAGGUAGCAGCACUGGACAUAUAUAUUUUAUUGAUGCUAUGAAAAUAGAAGCUCUACGAGUUGUCCAGAGAAUGAGACUUUAUUGUGUUCCUGUACAACACAUUCAUUUUGAUCCAAGGGGUAAUUUUCUUCUCACUGGGGCAGCUGACAGACACAUUUUUAUUCUGGAUGCCAGACCUUCCCAUUCAUUUGAGGUUCUUGGAUACAUCGUGGUUUGCGGAGAGAUUCUCACCUUGUCGUCACUAAGUUCUGAAGAUUCACAGCAAACAAAAGCUAUGGCGCUUAUCUGUCCUGUGAAUGAAGGGAAAGAAGAGAAAGGAGGAACACGAUUGGAGAUGUUUUCUCUACCACUUCAAAUGUUAUCAAGUCCAUCUGAAUAUAUUGAUGAGAAAGGAAUGUUUAAGGAUGCAAUGGUUCAGAAGAUUUCUUAUGAUGUAGAUCAGCCUCUGUUUUCUGCAGUUCUGGGUUACAAUGUCAGCUCCGUGUUUGGAUUUGGCAGCUAUGCACCAAUGCUUUUAAAAUAUGUAAUCCACAAGGAAAUAUCUGGAGAUCCUUUGACUGCACUUGUUACAGAGAAGGUGGUACGGGGUAGCCAUCUUGGGCCUGGAGUACUUUGCUUGUCUCCUCAUCUCAAGUGGAUUUCUGUGUCUGGGAGGGAUGGAAUUGUAUAUGUAAAAGACAUAAAGAAUAUGGAAACUGUGGCACAAGUACAAUGUCAUUCCUACCACACAGGCGGUAUCAAUUCUUUAUCCUUUUCCUUGGAUGGUCAAAGUAUCAUCACUACAGGAACGUCUGAUGGAGCCCUGGUGUGCCUGCAAUGGAAAUCAACUGGAAGUAGCAGACUGGGUGCAGCUGUUGAGUAUGGAAAGGCUUUUACACUUUCUCUUCAAGCUGCAAUGAAGGAAGAAAAUCAGAUGUUGAGCAGAAUGCCAGAAUGGACAGCAGAUACCAGUUCUAUGGCCGUGGAAAGCAAGGAAAAAGAGUACAGAAAUCUAAGUGUGGAUGUAACUGAGCAGGACACCUUUCCAAACACUUCUGCUGAUGUCACUUGGAUUUACAGGAAGCUGGAGGAAGCUAAAAAGAAAGAAACAGAGAAAUAUGCAGCAGAAAAGGAAAUAAUUAAAACCGGCAUUAAAAAACUUCGCAAAACUAUACAAGCAAUGAUGCGAGAGAAUGAAUCAUUACCAGACAUAGAAAAGCUGGACCAGCAGGAGUUUAACUUGGACACUGAGGAGCAGGAGAGACUGUAUCUAGAGAGUGAGAAGGAAGUGGCAAGAGUGCGACAAGAGAUUGAGUUGGAAAAUUUGUCCAAACAAUAUCUUCGAGAAGUUAUAAAGCAGGAAUGCUGGGAUUCCAUGGCUGUAAAGGGACGUUCUGUUAUGGCUUUCCAUACAGGAUAUGAAGUUAUGAAUUAUCCAAUGAAAGAACGAACACCAAAGGAACUGGAAGAUUUUGCUAGAGUGUUAAAUCUCAAGAAAAUUGAAGCUGUUGAUCUCAAGGUUCGAAAGGAAAUUGUUGAGACUCAGCCAAAAAUUAAGGCUGAUGACGAAGAGGAAGUGGAAGAGGAAUCAGUGUCAAAGAGUCAAGACAGCUCAUCUUUGGUUGGCAGCCUGAGUGAUCUUUAUGGUGGGGAUACCAGUUACCUGUACAGUCAGCUAAUUCUUCAUUCUAGAGAAGAGAAGAUUAACCAGAUCAUUCUAUUGCAAGACAUCAUUCACAAUAUCAAGAAAGCCUUCAACAAAGACUUUGAUAUAGCAUGUCGUCAAAAAGAGCAAGAGGUCACACGUGUGAAGGAAAGAAAUAAUCGCAUUCAGGAGAUCAUGGUCGAACUUAACCUGCAAGAGAAACUCCUGGAGCCUACAUUUACUGAUAAUGAGAAGCCUGAGAGAGCGCUGACUGUGGAUGAUUCAGAGGUAAAAGUAGAAAGGUACCUAACACCUGAACAGAAAGCAAAGGCAGAGAAGCUAGCAAAAGAGGAAGAAGCAAAGCGCCUUGCGGAACAGGAAGACAAUGCUAAGCAGCGAGCCCUGGAUGACAUGAUGGGUGGUGUCCUAGAAGUAAAGAAGGAAGAUAUUCUUCGAAUGGAAGUUCCACAACCAGGUUUUAUAGCUCGAGCUGAGGCUGAAUGGACUGACGAAGAAAAGAAGCAAUUCAAAGAGUACGAGAAAAAAUGUAAGGACCUCAGUGAAGAAAAGGAGAAAUACAGUAAGGUUUUGGAAGCAGAAAUGAAAAAACUUCAAUUGUCUGUAAUUGAAACCACCCAGAGUUUUGAUGAUGUGUUGGCCAGACUGUUUGAAAAAAAAGUGAAAUCAGAAAUGGCAAUUUACCAGGAGGAACUGAAAAUCAAUAAUCUCCUUUUCUCACUUCUCAUUGAAGAGGAAAUAAACACAAGAGUGGCACACCUAGCUCAUAUUCUGGAUAAGAAGCGCAAACAAAAGAAUCAAACAGCGGAAAUUGUCAAGUCUUUUAAAACACAAGUACUUGCAUUUAGGGAGUCCUAUGACAAUCUGGUAGCAGAGGAUAAGCUUUUAGAUCGUGGCUUUAAGAAGGAGUUUUCUGACAUUACAUCUUACCAAGUUGAUCAACUUUAUAAGCUUUACAAACGAAGACCAAGGGUUCAGCGCUUGAGGACUCAGACUGACAGUGCAGCACCAUUUGGAGAACGACCAGGAUCAGCUAAGGCAAAUAAGGAUUCCAUUGCUUUGCUAAUGAAAGCUAUGGAUGAACUUGACACCCCAGAAAAUAUGCCUGAAGGAGUAGAAUUUCCAGUGUGGGAGCGUUUCUGUCUUGCAAGACGAUCAAAGAUAGAAUAUGAACAGCAGGUGAAGAUCAAGGCCCUUGUCUUAGCAGAAAUGCAGGCAUUCCUAGAUAAGAGGAUAGAAGAAGAUGAGAAGAUACGUCAGGAUACUGAGAAUAUCAUGCAGGAACUCAAUGUGUUGCGGAGUGAAAAAAUGAAAUUUCAGCUCGAUUUGACUGUCCAGUUCCUUCUUAAACAAGGUCAAGUUGAGUUGGAAAAUUCAGAUUUAAUUCCCAGUUUUGAAGACGCCAUUCUUCUUCAUAGGAGUGUUAUUGAAGAUUUAAACAGCACCAUACGGGGUUUGGGAGAACAGAAAAUUGCAAGCAUGGUUGAAAGCAAAGAUUUCCGAAAAGGGAUUUUUCAGCUGGAAUGGGAACAUAGGAAAAUACGGAUGGAAAUGGAAGAUUUGGAACAGAAAUCUAGGGAUAUUAGCUUGCUUCACGUCUCAAAAGAUUUCCAAGUAUUCCUUAGUGAGCAGAAUUAUGACAAGCGCAUAUCUGAUCAGAUACAGGUCCUAGAAGCAACUCUCAAUGCUCAAGAAAAACAACAUGAGAAAAAUGUCAAGACCUACAAAAAAAGUCUGAAGGACCUAGAAACAAAUAUAAAUAAAAAGAGAACAGCAAACCUAGACCUUGACAAAGAUCUGCAGGAAUUGCUGGUGUCUUUUUCUGAAAGAAAGCACAUUUAUGAUGUAGUUGGUGUAGAACAAAGCACAGAGAAGGCUGCGAAGGAAAGAUAUGUGGAGAUUGUUCAGCGACGCAAACUAGUGGAUCUUGCUAAGAUUCAAGCCCAAGAGAUCAUUGAGCUAAGAACUGAAGUAGAUAGACUGAGGAUGAAAACAUUUCCUGCAUUAGUGCAAAUGGAAUAUUAGAAUACAGCAUUACACAGGAAAUAAAACUGUCCAUUAGCCUUACCUAUAAGCAUAUCAUUAAAAAUGAAAUCAAGACCAACUGAAAAGUUUCUAAAAACUCCAAUUAAAAAUAAAGUUCAAUGUAAAGUUCA